AUGAAGUCUGGAGAACCUCUUUCUUCAUUACCUCCAGAACCAAGUACUCUUCAUCUCUCUACAUACAAAGUAGUCCAUUUGGAAAAGGGUCACGGAGCUUAUCUUGCUGAAGCAUUUACAAGAUGGCAGUAUGAAUAUAAUAAAAAAUCUAUGGUGCUAUCCAAACAAAGUCCUUAUUUCAGCUUAAUACAAACUGGGUCUACUCCAAAACCAGAACCAGUUGAAAGUCUAAUGACUGUUAUUCUGGGUAUUAUUUGUGGACUUGUUCUUUUGGUGCUGGUGUUUGUUUUGAUCCAAUGUGUUGUCAGAAAGAAAAAUAACCAUCUUUAUGAGGAGGAAGGAAAUCGAAUUGGUCUGACAGCUCUAAUUCGUAGAACUAUUCAUAAAAAUGGACAUGUCCCAAAAGGAAAUCAUUUAUCAAAGGCCUCCUACAUUGGUCCUCUGUCAGCCGAUGAUCUACCAACUGCUUAUAUGGAAAAACAUAAAGAUAAUGAUCUCAUUUUCCAGAAUGAAUUUGAGUCUUUACCAGAAAAAUUUAAAGACAGGACAACCCACGCAUCAGACAGUCCAGAAAAUCUGUGUAAAAACAGAUAUCCUGACAUAAAAGCAUUUGAUCAAACUCGAGUUCGACUUCCUUUUGAGGAUGGCAUUAAAGGUUCAGAUUACAUCAAUGCUAACUUUGUUGAGGGUUAUCAUGGAAGAAAGAUGUUCAUUUGUGCACAGGGCCCUCUGGAGCAUACAGUGGUUGACUUUUGGAAGAUGAUCUGGGAACACAAGGUUACUGUAGUUGUUAUGCUGACUGGAGUAGAAGAACAUGGUAAAAUGAAGUGUUCCAAGUAUUGGAGUGAUGAAGAACUAAAAGAGGUGGAGAGGUUGUAUACAGUUAAUGUAAUCAGCAUCACCAAAUACUCGGAUUAUUUGGUUAGAAGAUUUCAAGUACAAUUUACAAAAGAUGGAUUCACAGAUGAACGGGAAAUUCUACAGUUUCACUUUGUUAUGUGGAAAGACUUCUUAGCACCAGAACAACCUUCCUGGCUACUACGUUUCAUCAAAAGGGUCAAUGAACAUUAUGUUUCGGACAGAGGACCCUUACUAGUCCAUUGCAGCUGCUUGAGGCACAUGAUGGUUGAACUGAUAUACUGUGGAAACGGCUUGUGUAAGCUUGGAGAUGUGGUGGAAGAUCCGAAGACAUGUUGUAUUGGAACCAUGGAUGCUAAUUUGAACAAGAACAGAUACAACUUUAUCAUACCUUAUGAUACAAAUCGUGUUAUACUUCCUCCAAACUUCUCCGUAGACCAAUCUACUUACAUUAAUGCCUCAUUCAUUGAAGGCUAUGAUCGAUCCUUGUCUUUCAUCAUCACCCAGGAUCCUCUAGAAAACACAGAAACUGACUUCUGGAGAAUGGUCAAGGAACACAACAUUAAAACCGUUGUAAUGCUUUCAGAGCUAGGAGAGGGGGAGUCAAAGUGUCCACAGUAUUGGCCAUCUGAGGAACAAGAGUAUGACUACAUCAAAGUGACCUUUCAUAAAGAAGAGAAAACUGAUUUGGUUACGAAGAGAGAGUUUAGUGUUACAAAUAUAAAGCAUGCCAUUCAACUUGAAACAGUUGCUAAGCGACCCAGCUUCUACUUUGCAAGUGGGCAUGGCAUAGUUUGAACUCAUGAAUGUCUA